AUGAUCCUGGGCUCUCUUAAGCCUUACCAACUCUUGCGCAACCUGCAGCAAGAGCUCUUCCCUUUUAAUUUCGACGAAAACUUGCUUCGUGAACUUUGGGUUCAGAAGCUGCCGAAGGCUGUAUGCAUGGUCCUGGCACCAUGCGUUGGUUGUCCCCUCAGCGUUGCGGCCGAAGUAGCUGACAACACUGUGGCGUUCUAUUCUCAGGGAACCCCCAUUAAUUCUUCUACCCUAGUCGAAACAGCUGAUCAGUCAAGCGCCAUUGGCACUCGACUGGCCGCUACUUCGGCUCGCCGAGAUAGAGUCGAAUAG